AUGUGCAUACAUUCUUUCGUGCCCCCCGUCAAGCGUGACCUCAGAACCCGGCCGGCGGCUGUCCUUGUGUCCUCGCGUGUCUCCACUUUAAAGGUCGUGCUCUUGGCCCGUUCUAUUCCAACUACAGAAUCCACAGACGAAUUCGUGCGCUGGAAUGAUAAGAUUGGUCUCGUGUGUCCGUCGCCUAUGAAACACCUCGUCGAAGGAAAUUUUAGCCUCCCACGCCCACGGAUACUUGUUUGUGUGGAUCUGGACUCAUCCUUAAUUUACGGUAAAAUGAAAUUCAUUGAAAGCACCAAAAUUGUUGGUUCAACCGACCUAAAGCCAAUGGCUCGCACUGUAUUUCAGAUCGUCAGCCCGACCGACUGCCCCUCCGAAUGCAAGGUGACCUACGGCACUCCUGUGCAGUUUAAGUUGGCAAGUGACGCAGUAUCCGAUGAGCCCAUGUACAUGGCUAGCGACUUUAUCAAUACGGCAGGCGGUAGCAACCGACUCUCCGGUCAUCGACAGGUCUUUCUCAGUGCAAACCGCUGUGCCUACAACACCCACUGGAAACUGGAGCACAUGUACCCUCAACUUCGCAUGGAGAUGGAAGGGACACCGAUUUAUGUCAGUAUUCUCAUCACUUUUCCUUUUAAGUUCUAUAAUUGUCCAAAAAAGAGUUAG